AUCUCUCGCAAUCGUACGCUUGUAAGACAUACGGAUAACACGAGUUUUUUAAACACCCGGUAGACGUACUUGCGGCAGCAGACAAACUUGCGCUCGCUUGAGCUCGAGCCUCGAGCAGUGGUUGACCCGCGCGCAGUAGUUCUCAACACUUUUCAAUUUCUCACCAAUCUCAUCGCGGUCCGGCGGUCGGCGAUAGAGUGAAUAGAGUUGAGUGUAGAGUGUGAUGCCCGGUGGUCGUGACGUCGUAAUCGCGACCGCGCGCCGCCGAUAGAUAGACUCAGCUCAGCGUGUCGUACUUAUUACGGUCCCGUUGUCGCUUGUACGACUGCUCACGGUAGGCCGAUGAGGUGAUGUGAAGUUCUGCGGCGGGCCCAAACUUUGGAUCGCCCAGGCGAGAGCUGCGUCGCGUAUCGUGCAGGCGUGAGACGAGAUUUCGGUCGCAAGGCGAGCGUCGAGCGUCGAGCGCGAGCACGAGGGGUUUUCUGGAGUAAAGGGAGUAGCAAAUCUCUUAGGGGCCAGCGGGGGAUCACGUGACCCGAGUGUUUACCAAAAUGGUGAACGUCCAUGGUGCGAUACGAACGGCAUUGCGUUCCGUCCGCACGGGAGCGGCCGCGCGGCGCUCGGUUGCGUAAAUAGCUGCGAUCAGCUGUGCUACGCUACGUGCGCGAAGCGAAGGGAGAGAGAGAGAGAGAGAGAGAGAGAGAGAGAGAGAGAGAGAGAGAGCGGGCGCGCACGCAGUGCUUCGUGCUUCGGCGUUCCAAUCGUCCCGACACGGUCGCGGCGUCGCACGUCGCGUCCAGUCGCGUCUCAUCCCGUCGCGUCCUGGACGAGUCGAUCUUUACACGUCGUCGAUUAUCUCCGUCGUCGGCCCCUUUUCUCGUUUGCAUUCUUUUCGGCUGGCGUUCAUUUCGCUACUACGCCACGCACGCAGACGCAGCGCAUCUUUACGGGCGAAAGUUGGAAAGUGGAUGCGAUCACGAGAGAUGCCAGAAUUCGACGCGGAGGCAGUCACGCUACGACGAUUGCCUCCUAGCCACGCGAUGGUAUUACGCUAGACCGAAUUUUUCGCGAUGUCGUUGAUUGAGUUAAUUCGUCUCGCUGCACCGAGCUUGUCCUCGAUCCGCUCGCCGUCCACACUGUAAGAAUCCUCACGCUAGAAUCUUUUUUAUUUCUUUACAUUGCAACGCUAAGGUGGUGAUCCGAGGCUUCCACAGGCCUAAUUCCAUUCGCCAAUAAUGUUAUACUCGAGGAAUACCAGCAGAUGAUCUCUGAUAUAGGUUAGUGCAAGUAAAAAGCACUUGAACAACGGACAUCUAAAUGUCAGGAGGUGUUGUCGCAUAGCGCUUGAGUGCUGAGGCCAGGCAUUCUUAAACAUGGCCACGUAUCAAGUUGACUACCAGUGGGCUUAUUCUAUAAUGGAUUCAUCUAGGAUAUCCACUUUCCUAAUAUCAAUUCUACUGAUAGUUUACGGUAGUUUCCGAUCUCUAAACAUGGAGCAAGAGGCAAGGGAAAGAGAAAAGGAGAAGGAACGUAGUAAUUUAUUGACUGGGAUUACUAGUAAUAGUAGCGCCGGUAAUCCGGACUGCAUUAAUGGAGGAAGAGUUCAGACUCUCGAUACGAUGCAUGCUCUCUGUCUACCUCUCGGUGCUUCCAUUUCUCUACUCAUCAUGUUUUUCUUUUUUGACAGUAUGCAGAUGCUUCUUGCAAUUUGUACUGCCAUUAUAGCUACAGUUGCAUUGGCGUUUCUGUUAUUGCCCAUGUGUCAGUAUAUCAUUAGACCGUGUUCUGAUGGUAACAAAAUAUCUUUCGGUGUCUGUGGAAGAUUUACGGGUGCGGAAUUACUCUCAUUUUCGCUCAGUGUGAGUAUAGUAUGCAUCUGGGUUUUGACUGGACAUUGGCUGCUGAUGGAUGCAAUGGGUAUGGGCCUGUGCGUGGCGUUUAUUGCAUUUGUUCGAUUACCUAGUCUCAAGGUAUCCACAUUGUUAUUAACCGGACUGCUGAUUUAUGAUGUCUUCUGGGUUUUCUUUUCGUCCUACAUAUUCAGCACAAAUGUAAUGGUUAAGGUAGCAACUAGGCCUGCAGAUAAUCCAGUAAGUCUUGUGGCUAGAAGAUUACACUUAGGCGGUGUGGCGAGAGCUGCGCCGAAAUUACCUUUACCUGGAAAAUUAGUUUUUCCAUCGAUACAUCAAGCGGGACAUUUUUCAAUGUUGGGCCUUGGCGAUAUUGUCAUGCCGGGUCUAUUGCUCUGUUUUGUUCUGCGAUACGAUGCGUACAAAAAGACUCAGCUUUUACCCGGCGGCUGUGAAACUGGAGUACCACCACCGCGCCACUUCAGCCGAAUUAGUUAUUUUCAUUGCUCUUUGAUUGGUUAUUUUCUUGGUCUACUCACCGCCACUGUAAGCUCUGAGGUGUUCAAAGCUGCACAGCCUGCCUUAUUGUACCUUGUGCCCUUCACUUUGUUGCCGCUGCUCACAAUGGCGUAUUUGAAGGGAGAUUUACGUCGAAUGUGGAGUGAACCAUUCAUAUCUCAACAACCUUCUACACAUAUGGACGUUUGACAAGAGUCAUGGAUCUAAAUAUAUGGACAUUUGACAAGAGUCAUGGGUCUUUGUAUAUUAUGUUGUAUGGGAGACAAGAUUCUUGCAUGAAAUUCAUCCUCAUAUAAUUUCAUAGUUAUUUUCAUCAACGUCAUUUAAUGUAAGUAAUUUUUUCUACACAUAUAUGCAUGUGCGCAAUUCAUUCGCAUUCUUUUAAAAAUCAGUAUGACAUACAGAGAAUAAAUCAGAUCUAAGGAUCAAUAUGAUUAUUUGUGAUUUAAAAAUAUAUGUAUAAAAAUACAUACCGCAUAAAUAAUUUAAAUGUAAAAUAAUGUCACGAAUGUAAUGUUAGCAGUGCAAAAAACUUUUUACCGAAAUAAUAGAGGACGAGGAGAUCUCUGAGAAUAUUUUAAGAAUGCCAAAUAACACACACACACACACACGCGCGCGCGCGCGCGUGUGUGUGUGUAUGUGUGUAUUGGCAUUCUUUUUGUGUCUUAACUUGAUGUUGAGUAUAUGGAUAGACAUUG